AUAAUGAAGUGGACAUAGCAGCUGCAAAUGUCACGGCACAGCCGUCGGUGGUGCUUCCAGCUUCUUCAGGAAAUGUUGUGAGUGGUGUAUCGGCCGGCCGUCCCAGAGGCAGUGUUCUGAUCCGAGCAGACAUCGCUGCUCAAGAAGAGCAGUUGGAAAGGCUUAGGGCGGCAAGACAACCUGAACUCGAUGCAGAUGCUGUUUUGGCAAUUCAGGUGGAAGACCGAUUUUCUGCUUUGCAGGUUUUAACCCAGGAUGCGACCCCGAUUCAAAGAAGAUUAUGCCUGCAUGUGGACCAACAGCUGGCCAAACAGUCCUUGCCAGACAUGCCAAACCCCGUGGUGCAGGUCAUGAACACAUCGUCCAAUGUGAGUUCAUGGGCAAUCAAAGCUUUGGAAGCAAACAAGCAGUACCAGUAUGUACAGCAGGACUAUUUUCGAACAGCAGAAGCUAUGUUGCAAGCCUCUGGGUUCUUGUGGUCUGUGCAACUGCAGAGACUGCAGAAGAUGGCAAGUCAGGGCUUUGAGAUUUUGGCAGUGCUCCGUAAAAGACGCUACGACGAGAGUCCUUUCAACUUGCGCUUGAAAGAGGAAAACGUGCCAGCCCAGUCUGAAACUUCGCCACCUUUGUUGCAGCAACCUGCCAGAACAACUCCUGGGAAAGCCAAAGUCAUGCAGUCCGAGUUCGGCAUUGUGGUCUUGCUUCGACGCUGUGUUGAAGGCGACAAGUACGAGUACCAGGAGGUUCAUGGCUCCUGUCCUACGUGGCUCCAUGUGCUGGACAAAACAACGAAGGAGAAUAUCGCUGAGAGCCAGCGGCAGAUCCAGAGCUUGAUUCAGAUACCUGAAAGUCUAAAAGAAAGCUCUAGGCUGCUGUGCGACAUGACCACUUCGGAUCGGUACGCUGUGAACAUUGCAGCAGAGAAGUGCCUUCAGAGCGAGGCACCCGAGUGGGUCAAGUGUCAGCACUUUUGCCUUCUUCAUAAGGCUGCAGCAGUACAAUCUGCACAAUUCCGAUUGGUGGCCGGACAUGUCAGUGGCCUUUUGUCGCUCAGCCUCUCGAUGGCUCCAGCUGGUACUACGGCCGAGUUGAAGAAGAUCCUGUGCCGUAUCCUGACCGAGAGGCUGACUGUAAGGCAUGGAGAUCCGCCACCUCAUGCUCGCCGUCACCAAGAGGCACUUCAUGAGUUAUUUCUGCCUGUGGGUUCUGAGACUCAGAAAUCGUUGCUUCAUCAGAAGCAAAGAGCCAUCUUGAGUUCUCUGAUGAAUGGUGAUUUGCAGGAUGAGUCGACGAUCACCUAUUGGGCGGCCAAUCCUGCGGUGACCAAGGACUCAAUCUUGCAGUCCUGGGUCCGACAUGUCGCUGCAGCCCUUCUACCGCACAAGAUCCCGUUCUUCAACAGGAGCAAGUGGUUGGGAGGCGAGGAUGCGAUUUCGUGGGUGGGGUUGCUGAGUACGCACCAUGGGCUUCUGGUGCCACUGGUUCAGACAUGGGCGCAGUCUACAGGCAUUCCUGCAGUCAUUGGGCUGGCUCCGAGGUCUCGUGCUUCUGCAGAAGUCACCGAAAGUUCCCAAGGGUGGGCUGCGGUGGCAGAUGGCAUAGGCCCAGGCCCUCGCCCGGUCGCAAACACAUCUGCUGACUCUGCUUUCGAUGCUGUUGACUUAGAUGUGCCUGAAGACUUGGGCACUGCAGCAGAUGAGACGCUCCCCGAGACCGAGACAAACCCAGAUAUCUCGUGGGCCGAGUUCAACAAAAUGAACCGACGCAAGGCCCUAGCGUGGGUAAUGUCUGGGCCUGCUGGAGUGCUUGUGUGCAUGAGAGUAUGCAUGAAAGCUUCCCUGCAUUUGCUGUAUACACUGGUGCAUCUGGCAUCGGUGGCUUUUGUGCAAGAGCAGAUGGAGAAAUCGAGCAAGGGCCAGCAAAGGCUGCACCGAGUCGUGGAGUUUUUCUCAGGCAAGCUACAGACUGUUUUCAUGAAGCAUAUUCUUGAGACAUUGUCUUCAUGUCUGCCAGGGCUACCAGAUGAUGCUCACACGGAUGCUAUGCGAUCGUUGGCCUUCCGAAUGUUGUCUGUCAGCUUGUGUUCUGCGCAGCAGCUGAUCUGGAGCAUCGGCUCUGGAUCUCCAUUCGUCCUUUUUCGCACAUUAGCUGCCGGUGUGGACGAGCUUUUCCAACUGCCCAAAUGUUUGUACGAUGAGCUCACACACUACUUCAUGGCUUCCUUUCCUGAGCCUGCAGAUUUCCAAGGAGAACUUGCCCAGCAAAUGCUGCAGGCAAUCGCAAACGUUGCGAAUGGUCAGGAACUUGACAACGAGCUCCAAUUGCAGCUCUCAGCGAUCGCUUCUGCGAGCAGGGCAAGCACCAAGCACAAAAAUAUGGAGGCUCAAGCGAUCGAUGCUGCAGUCGCUGCGGCUUCUGAAGCUCUGGAGCCUUGUCACGCAGAGUCUGGCUUGGCCCGAGGAGAUCCCAUUUCCCAGCAGGUCGGGAAGGCUUUCGUUUUCACACCGGGGCAGCCUGCCGUUGCUGAGUUCUUCGUUCCAGCUGACAGCUUUUCCCAGGAGCUGUUCAAGCCCACGUCCAAGCAGAACGAAGGACACGGAAUGGGCUUGAAUUCCGUGCUGGAUGAAAGCUGGUCCAACAGAUGCACAUUGACGAAGCACAGUGAUGCCCCAGUGUUGGAUUUGACCCAUGCUUUCAAGGUAUCCGUGUGCUGUUCGCUGGGGUUCUGCGUUCAUGCAGGCAAGGGCUUGCAAGCCUUCGCAAUGCACACGAAGUUGUUCAAGUUGUUGCGGCCCUUUGUGCAAGCAGUGCGGCAGAAGCGACGAAAGCUCGGUGAGGCAUUGGAACCAUCUCAAACCAAACGCAAGAAGCCUGUGCACCCGGAAGCGAGAAAGCUUCUGGAUCGGGCCAUGCUCAUUUUUCGGCUUCAGAAUGGUGAUCCUGACGUUGGAAGCUUCGGGUAUGGGCAGCAACCUGAGGAACCCGAAGCAGACUGCACUUGGGGUUCGGUUGCAGACAAGAUUCUGUUGGAUGCAGGACAAACAGUGCCAGCAGCUUCGGAAACCCAUUGGCUGCACGUUGGGUAUGUCAAUCAUUCGACUCAUGUUUUCAGUGUUACACCAAUGACUUUGCUCGAUUUCCAAAGCGCCGGCCAUGUGGUGAAGCUGUCAGCUUUGCAGGAAGGAGAGGAAGGAGAGGACAUUGUCCAGUCGUUGCGUUCCUUCGAGUUCUUCAAGGCAAACCUGGACCUGGAACAGGUUUGGAGAUUGCGAGUCUUCAAGCUCCGGUCGACGAGGGAGAUACUGACACAGACUGAGCUUUCACUGGCGCUUGUUCAAGCAACCCCAUAUGACGAGAUUCCGGAGAUGGUUGUUUGGCAGGGGUGGAAGGCCGAGCAAGCCAAGCCGCCGCCGCAACGUGGCAACCGUCCCAGAGGCCCAGGCGGGCAUGCUCCGCGCCCUAGGCCCGCUAGGCCCGAUAGGCCUUCUGGAUCUGGCUCUGUGGUGCUUCCUGCUCCACCGGGUGCUGGUGCUUUCUCAGACCAUGAGAGGGAGGAGAAUGCAGUAGCCAAUGAAGUCUUGCAAGAGGCUUCCGAGCUUUUGCGUCGAGAUGAAAAGUCAGAGGGGUCUUCAGAUCAGGACGAUGAACGCCUGCUGCCAUCCGACAUCAGUGUGGUCGACGAGGAUACGAUUGAGGCGUUCUUGCUGUCUUUUGUGAAGUAUUCCGUUGGCCCUAGGAAAGGAAUCUCGACCUGGCAGAUGAAGCCCCUCAGCUUCGCGAUGCAGCUGGUGCUGCUGAUGCAGCUGCGGCUGGCGACCCCGUCCCUCCUCGUGAUGGAGACCCCGUCCGUCCUCGUGAUGGAGACCCCGUCGCUCGUCCUCGUGGCCAAGUUUGGUGCUACGAGCGACACGUGGGAGGAUGCCGGCAUUUUGCGGCAGAAGCAUUUUAAUAGGACGUUCACUCGUGCAGAUUGGCAAGAGAAACUCAGUCAAGUCCAUGACUGGGCUUGGCGGAAAUGGGAGCUCGCACGUGCAGAGGCAGCCUUUGCUCUUUCAGAAGGCCGAGUGGCCCAGGACCCCGGCCACGUGGCCCCAGCUGUCCUCGAAGCUUUGGAGCCUGUGAUUCGAGACAUCGGUGAACGGAAGCAGUACAAGAGGGGUAUCUCGGCCGGGACCAAGCUCUAUAUCAACUUCUUCAGGAAGGACAAGUACUCUAGAGAGGAGGCUUCCUGCUUCAAAAAGAUGGUGGAGGCCAUCCCAGCAGCCAGAAGUCACGCCAUACAUGAGCGACAGAAAAGCUUGGAGCCCCUUGCACUGGAGCGCUUGCUCCUCGACAACGAUGAUCCUCUUCUGUUGGCCGACUUGAAGCAGGAGGAGGCAGUGCGCCGUACUGCAACGCAUGAGGGCAUGCAAAAGUGGGAGGUGCAGCUAGCGGACUGGCGGAAUCGUUCGGACAUUUCGGAUUCUGUCAAUGUGCUUGGAAAACUGAAGAAUAUGAAGCUUUGUGGUUUGCAGAAGAACAAACGGAUCAUGGCAAUCCUGAACAUGGCAGUGCUUCAGAAGCUGAAGCCCGUGCACAGAAAGUCAAGUACCCAAGUGCAUCAAGUCAAGAAGGCAUGCAAGACUCUCGUUGUCAACGUAAGCCAAAAUCCCAGCCGUGGCAACCUCUUGACUCCCGACAGUGGCUGCAAUCACACGUUGUGCAGCUCCUCCUUGCAGAUCCAUUUGGGUUUGCAAAGAUUGAUUACGGCGCGAGAGAUGAUGUAUCAGCACGGCCAUCCUCGACACAUGGUGGUCCCCAGCGACAUGUCGCUGCGCAGCCUCCGACAGCUGGCGGGGCAAGGGAUGGCUUUGCCAAGUUUGGGCACCUGCUUGUGGUGCCACAGCAUUCUGAAGGACCUCCCCGAUGAUGAACGUUGGGGUGCCGUGGACAGCGCAGGCAAUGCCGUUGGCGAUGGAUGUGCCCUCUGUAUGACGACAGUCCUGGAGGGCUGGCCCAAUGAGACUUGGGUCGAGUUCCAGGAGAUUUACCACAACCCGGAGGAGAAGGUGCGCAAGCCGGCCUUCAAGGCCGCGCGGGCAGUGCGGAAGAAAUUGGGCAUCAUGUCCUUUCGCUGGAGCCCGCCGUCUUCCGUCACGAGCUCCGUUUGCAGGGCACGGAAAGUGUUCUGUGACGUCGGCUUCUUAUCAGAAGCCGAAGUUCUGAAGUACUUCAAAGUCACCGCCAAGCAGCUGGGUUUGACCAUGUCGUCGUUGCAGCUGGAAGACAGACGUGAGACCCUUCGAGGGUAUUACGUAUCGUUGGCAGGUGUUCCGGCCAACGUAGUGGAUGCCUUGAGAAGGGUCCGGCUGUCGUGGAAGGUCAAAGUUGAGCACUCAGCUUUGAGGCUGCAGCCAGAAUCGCAGAUCCGCCAAGAGCAGGGAGCCUUGCUUUUCCAGCACUUCUCCGACCAGCAGUUGGAGAAGGCCGACACUAAGGUGCGUACCGUCAACCGUGCAAAGCUGGUGAGCUUCGAGUCGCUAUCGCUGAAGGGCCAGAGCAUCGUGCAGGAGGCCGUAGCAGUAGCAGCAGCAGCACUGGUCACUGGUCAGUCACUAGGGCAGCGUGCAGAGGAGGCUGCGGCCGACGAGCAGGCCGACGACCAGGAAGGGGAGGACGGGGAGGAAGAAGUGAUGGAGGAUGAUUUGGAGUUGCGUCCCGACACUCUGCUACCCGCCAGCUUCAGAGCGGCUCCAUCCCACGGUGAUGCUUUCAUGGAAGAUGGUGCUGAGGCCCCGAAGAAGAAGAGACGGGCUGCCAAAGCCAAGGCUGAGGCUGCUGACGAGGAGGAGGAUGACGACGGGGUCCUGGACAGUGGAUCCAGUGAUGUUCCGCAAUGGAUGCAAAAGGACACCUGCCUUCAGAAGGUGAUCGGCAAGCUUGGCAAGGUGCCCAAGUGCUUCACAGCUUUGGAUCCGCAGAAGAACUUGGACCCCACGAAAAGCCCUGUCGGCCGACAGCUGCGAGGGGCACGAGCCGUCUUGCAGUCUAUGGAGGCCCAGAGCCAGAAAGAAGCAUCUCUGUUGAACUCACGCUUGCGCCUGCUGGAGCAUGUCGAGGCUCUGGCACACACGCCGAUUGCAAGCAUGACUCGGGCACAGGUCCGGGCCCACGUGACAGCAGUCGUCGAUGACAGCCUGCAGGUUCCAGCGAGCCUGAAAGUCAGGCUGCUGGAGAGGUGGGCCAACCACUUGUUCUUUGACAUGGCGGAGUUGAAAGAUGCUUCCAGUGCGGAGUUCAAGAAAGUCUUGGACGCCUACAUGAUCACCGUGUGUGCCUUCAUUCCACCGCCUGACGACAUGGAGAUCACGGACUUGAACCUCACAGCAGCUGUGCUGUGGGAGGCAGGCAAGGAAGAGGUGGACUACAAAGCCAAGAUCGGUUCCGCGACACAGGAAGAGCGGGCAAAGAUGCUUGCAGAGACCCAGCAGGCAUGUGCCGAUGCAGUCAUGGAGGGCCUCUUCUGUGACAUCUUUGUCAAGAUGGUGAAGGAUGUCCAUCUCCACAAGGACAAACUCUUGAGGGUCCUUUCCUGCUUUCUGCAGAACUACACGGACGAGGAGAGGGAGCUCUUGGACAACAAGGAGGCAUUGCAGAGUGUCUACGACCGCUUCCGGGACGCCUCCUUCGCUUUGGUUGCCCUCCUUUGCCCCGAGCCGGACUACCUCGGGUCCACUGCCACGCACGUCAACAAUUUGAUGAAGUAUCGGGGUGACUACCGUCCGGGAUCACCUCGUGCGCAAAGGUGA